UCAUAAGGACGGCCGUUUAAAAAGAUCUUAAUAUAGAUGUUAGAAUAGAACCUGUAUCCCUAAUUGUAUGUAUUAACGAAUAAAUCGUGCUUUAGGUGUUAAGGGUUAUGCAUAGCAAUAUUACUUACUAUUUAGAUAAUUUUAGUAAGAUAUAUUUCAACUACUUAGAGUUAUUGACCUUAAAUAUUUCAAUUUUUGAUGUUUAAUAUUUUAAUUUUUAAAUAUUUCAAGUUUAAGUUUUUAAUGUGUUUAUUUAAACGAUAAAAUGCCAGGGAAAUUAUUUUUGAGGUUUUUUUUCUGAAACAUUGGAAGGGUCAAAAAUUGACAGAUUUAUCAACCAGUAUUUCUAUUUUGUAUUUGUACUAAUGUGUGCCUAACAUCGUAUAUAAGUCUUGGUAAAACUAACACGUUAUGGGCUCAUAAAGCCUGAUAGAUGAUACACGAUUUUUAUGUUUACUUUUGAAAAUAUAUUUUUAUUAUUUUCUUUGACAUGUGAGAAAAAAUAUGUCAUGAACUAGCUAUGCCUGUUUAUCUUGUCCACUCUCUUAAGCCUGAGAAGAUCCUUUAUGAUAAUACAAUCAAAAGAAAAGCUAGAAAGUGAAUCUAAAAUUGCUGGAAAUAAAGUUGAUUUUCCAAUGACUUAGGUUUACUAUUUAUAGAUACCUAUAUGGCAGCUAAGUUAUCUGAUGCUCGGUUCAGAUUUUUUAAAUUAUUUUUGCUUUCUGCCCCGUUGCCAGUUAAUAUAGGUUUGGCAUAAUUGGUUUUUAGCUUCCAUGCCUCAUACUUUUUGCUGUCGCCUAUAUCUACCUACAAUCAAUAUUUAGGUUAGAGGUGUAGUUCACUUACAGCCAGUUUCUUCAUCAAAAGUAAAAGCCAAAGUAAAAGUCAAAGUAAUGUCUAAAGUAAAAGUAACGGUCAAAUACAUUUUUUCUAUUAGUUUUGCUGUCACUUUAGCCUUGAAAAAACGAAUUUAACCGUUACUUUUACUUUAGACAUUACUUUGACUUUUACUUUUCAUGAAAAACUGGCCGUUACUCAUUCUCAUAAAGUAGGUUUUUUCUAAGCAAUUAUUUUAUUGUUAGUUUAAGAUAAUAUAGACCAACGUCUCGAAAUUAUGGAUAAGCAAUAAAAAAAGAUUUUAAUCAACUUAAUCGAUCCAUCCGUUGUUUUGUUAUCAGAUAUUGAAUUUUGACAUUAGCUUCAUACAAAUUAUGUACUUAUGUGAAAAUACAAUAUCUAAUCGACAACACCUGAUGAAUCAUUAAAGUCCGCAGGCAAUUGACAAACGAUCUCAGUACUUUUAGUUCAGUGUCAGACAAUGCAAUGCUUUUGAAAAUGCAACAAGUAUUAUGUGAAAUUAUUAAGUUUUUAAUUGAUAUUUUAAGUAUAAGUCUAAAAUUAUUUACUGUAUAAAUAAGUUUAAUGAAUCUUUAUAGAAAACUAAAAGAAUCUGUGUUACUCUCAGUUUGCAGAAUUUGAAGGAUAUAUUCCACCCUCUUAAACACUACUGAUCUAAAAGGGUUUUUAUUCACUUAUUUUACUGAUUAAUAUGGUAUUAAAUGUAUAUUAUCUUUAAGUUACUAAAUAGUGAUUUUAUUAAAAAUGAUUGCAAUAACUUUUAGCUUUAGGUUAUAAGAAAUCAUGUUUAAAAUUAUUAUACAAUUUUAUAUUGUAUGUUGUGUAAGGAACGGUUAUUCUUGUACUUGAUGAAUCGUGGACAUAGUAUUUCGUAUUUACUGUGAUACAAAAGGGUUAAGGUUGCCUGCCCACGUCCGAUAAUAAUCGGUGACCGAUUUUUUGUAGAAGAAAAAUAGAACACACCCAAACAAUAGAGCAACGCACACGUCCUACAAAAAAACCGGCCCGAUUAUCGGUCAAAAAGUCUGACGUGGGCAGGCGCCAGGCAGCCUAAAUAUUAUUUUCUAAAAUGCCUUUCAAGAUAAAAGGUGUCCACGACUUAAAAUAAUCAUAGGUACAUUUAAUAACGCCUCCAUGUGAAUAUAAAGUAGAUUAUACUGAUAUAAAAAAAAUACACUUUGGUUUUAAGAAAUUGCUUUAUUAAAACAAAAUGGGAGCCUUCCUUCUGCUUAUAAGAUUUUCGCCGAUAAACUAGACUAAAAUUAUAAAAUUAUGUGACAACAACGCAUUUCAUCUUUGAAUCUUAUUUCAAUGAAACCCUUAUCUCGUAAGCUGUUGAAAUCCAAUUAUUCUACUAUAAAAAAAAAACGUUUUCGAGAAAGAAUUGCCUAGUUUUAAUUCUACUAACUUCUAUCGAGAGUAAACCCAUUACUGACUAAACCGUUUUUUCAACAGUGGAAUUCUACCUUCGUCCAAGCGGCAGGAUCAAUCUUCGUUUGAACAACUUUACCUUUUACAAGCAUUUGAAAGCCAGAAGCAACGCCCACCGCUGGAGCUGCACCGCUUACGGCUCAAAGUGGAAAUGCAAGGCCCAUCUCAUCAUCACCGACAGACUUGAAGUCCUCAAAGCUAACAUCUUUCACAGCCAUCCUCCCAGUCUGAAGAAAGAAAUGCGACUGCCUCUACCGAAGCUGGUUAAGAAGGAACUUAAACAGGACACGACAACCCACAAUAAUAACCCGAAUUUAAAUGAACAUUACCGCAGUUUAGCCCCGUUUCAAAAUUAUUUGGCUGCUCAUAGCGUGUUUGGCAGUUACUAGGCUUCAGUGUUAAGUGCCAAUCUGUAAACAUUUACCUGUACAAGUUUCGUCACCAAAUCUCAAUGUGUAGAGGGUCUAACAACCGCUAAGUCAUGCAAUUCCAUCCAUCAUUUUUGGAGAUGUGAAUUUGACCCAGAAACCAAACUCAAUAACGACAAAAGUUGUUCCACAUUUUUGGCUUCUUGGUGUGUCAGAUUCCUUUCGAUAUUUUUGAAGCUCUGCCAUUUGUAAUUUCUCUGGUUCCUCUCUAUUUGGCACUGACAUGGUUAAAUAUGUUUCAUGACUAUUGGUGUAGGAAUGUGACCUAUAAACAAAUGUUAGCUUAGUUUUGCUAAAUAUUUCGGUAGCUUUUAAAGUUAACUCGCUAUUAUGUAUCACUGCUUUACUGUCAACUUAAUAUAGACCGUGCUAUUAAUACCACGGAUAAGUAUGUAGGUUCAUAUUAUUUAUAAUGGACUUUAUAUUUUGGACUAUAUUUGAAUUAAAAGUGUAAUUUUCACUUUUAGAUCUCUAUUGGUUUAAUCAGAUUCCUGGAUUAUGUUCCUGUUUACGAAAGAUGAUUUUGAAAGAUAACUAUUUUUGCAAAAGCAGAAAAUAGCAAAAUGCCAUUUUAUACAAUCGUGAAUAAUUAUUUGAUAAGUUCUACCAUAAUCACGUGUUAUUUAACCGAAGUAACCAUUAAUUAUAAUUUUAGUGUUAUCUAUAUAGAAUUAAGAAUACCUAUUGAAGAUCAUGGAAAAGUGCCUUUGACUAAACGUGUCUUUAAAAUUAGAAGUAACAUCAAUGUUUAAGUUUAUUCCUUUGUAGUAACUCGUGUGAUAUUUUCGUUUGCCUUUCGAUAACGCAUCCAGUAUUAUCAUUGUGAUCGAUCAAGCAUUUUUAUAGUUAGUAGAUUAGUUGAGUACAUAUUCUUGCAUUUAGCACUAGGAAUUUAAGUCUACAAUGAAUGUAUCUGGCACUUGUGUCUAUUUUUAUAACAUAUCCGUAGUUUUGAUAAGAUGUGUAUCAAUGUCAUAGAAGUAUUUUUUCAGUAUCAAAUUAUUGAGUGUAUGGCUUCAUCAUACCGAUUUUUGAUUAAGGAAGAAUAUUCGUAUUUAUAUUCAUAAUGUAGUAUACUAGAGGCUAUGUAUACGUACUAAACAUGUAGAGGGUAGUUCUAUCACAACUAAUUUACCCGGUUUUUAUAUUCGGUAAAAUUAGUGAUAAAAAUUGCUGUGAAUUUUGCUGUCAUUAAUUGCAUAAGGUAAUAAUUUUGGUUCUAGUUGGUCUGCGAAACGCUGGUCUCAUUUAUUUUGUAGUGAAACAUUAAUGGACCCAAAGUAAAACCCUGUGUCAUUCAUAAAAUGUUGAGUUAUAAGUCAAUAGUUAUAUGUUUUAUUCCAAAAGGAUAAGGAAUAUUUUAAGAAGCUUUUCUUCUUGUAUUUUACAAAUAAUAUUGCGAAUGGUGACAUUAUAUGUAGAUACAUAUUUUUAAAUCAGCAGCUUUGGGAUGGUGAACGUAUUCAUAAGCCUUUUAGAGUUUAUUCUCAUAGUGAUGUUAGCAAGUAGCUGAAAAUUCGUGUCAUAAAAAUAUGGUGAAAAUAAUCAUUAUACUAAGACUGCAUGCUUGAUGUUUGUGAUAUUACGGCAUUUCGUUUGGAUCUCAUUUUUUUUAAAUUCACUGAUUUGAAGACUGUAACCAAUUUAUGCACUUUUGUAUACGAACUUAGUCGGUAGAAGAACUUACACUUAUCUUUAGGUUAGAUUUUUAAAUACUAUUUUAAGUACAUUUUGUUUGAGCCCGAGAACAGAUACUGGAAAUUUAGUCUAUAGUGAUUUAUAAACUAUUCUUCACAUGUAAACGACUAACCAAUAACCGCUAUUGUAAUCCUCGUAUUCCUAAUUAACUAAUUAUUAUGUAGCUUUAGAUCAUUCAACUAUUGUUAAUUUCUUGGUAACUUUCAUUAAACAUUUCAACGAUUUUUGACUCAUUGAUUUUUUAAUGAAAUCCAAACAUGCGCUAAGAACAAUUAAAGACUCAAGUCACGAUGAGGAUAGCCUAAAUUUUUACUCAGACUAAAAAAAGGGUAAUGUUAACAUUUAUUUCCCAGGGCACCAAGCCGAACUAAUAGAACUUACCAACGGUAAGAAAUUGAUACUGUUAGACGGGUAUCCUUUCUACAAGAAACAGCCAAGCAAAGAUGGCCACCGCUGGUGUUGCAGCAAGAGCCACUGCAAAGCCUUCUUGCGAGUCAGCCACGAUCUUCAACUGCAGUUCGUCUAUAAUGAGCAUGCUCACCCGCCUACAAAAUUCUGCCAAUCUGCGAGUGGACAAUACGUUCGAAUCUAGAUUGUUCUUUGUUCCAGCUUUUAAACAAGGCAACUGAUCAGGCUUGUUAAUGGGAAGCAACUGUUCGUUCUGAAUGGCUACACUUACUAUAAACGAUGGUCUGUGGAUAAUGGCUUGAACCGGAGGUGGUCAUGCACGAACUCUGGGAAAUGCAAUUCUUACGUCCAUGUCGACAAUGAUAUGAAUGUCGUCUAUAUUUCUAAUCAUCAACAUCAGCAUCCGAGGAGGUAUCUCCACAUGAAUCCAAGUGGAUUGUAUCAUAGGAUGUGAAUUUAUAAGACUUUCCUCCAAAGAUCUCUUAUUUAAAACAGUAGUUCUUAAGUACUAUCUUAUUUAUAAAUCAUUUAGGAAGUGAAGUUGCUUUCGUUCAGAUUUUUGCUAGAGAGAGAUUUCGUUAAAAGAGAUAAGAGUGUGUAUUAAGAAAAUAUGUCUUUGUGUUUUCAUGUAAAACCCUAUCCACGAUAUAUAAUGUAUAUGAAUAUCCACAAUAUACAUAGAUGGCUUUAUGUGUAUUUAUGAUUAUCUUAUAAUAAAAAAAUGAAGUCUUGAAAGUACAUUAAUUUUGUGUCCAUUCAGAAUUUUAUUUAGAUUCCGGAUCCCUGUACAUAAAAUGCAAAUACUAGCCUUAGAUUCUUAGAGCUUUUUUAAUAUGUAGAGUAAAAAAUGCUUUCAAAACUGCAAAUAUGUUACAAUUUCAGUUAACAUAUUCAUGACGACUCGGGGAAAGGAGCGAUUGAUCUACCACGACUACACCUAUUAUAAGCAGAGUAGGACAAAGAGUGGAUUCCGAUGGGGUUGCACCAAGAACAGGUGGCACAAAUGUAAGGCCUACCUGCAUUUGGCAGAUGAUAUGACGAUCGUAAGGAGUAAUAUGAAUCACACGCAUUCACCUUUUAGUACCCCGGUGAGGAAAAGAAUGAGACAACGGAAAAAUUCUGAUGAUUAAAAAGAAGGGGUUUCACCUAUCUUAUUAUCUGGAUUGGCAGAUCUUUUUGGACUAUGGAAGUGUUAGUUCUUUUAGAUGUAAUUAAUUCUUCAAAAUAAAGUACGCCUAAACAAUAUUUGUACGAAAGCACAACUGAUUAGAAUCUAUUUUGUGGGCAUAGAACUGAGAAUCCAUUCCAAGCCGGUCACCUUCAAGGUUAUCGAUCCAUCUAGUCAAAGCGUUCCAUUAAAUAUUUUUUAAGACAUCUGAGUAUUCGCCGUCUUCGCGAAAGAUUUAACUUGUAAAGUUGUGCUUACGAAUCGUAUUUUUUGUAAGUGUUAACAACCAAGAUAUGUCAACCGUAGUUCUUUGUUCAUGUCCCAAUAUUCUGUCUGUUGAUUUCCUUUCUAGUGAAAGGUAUUUAACAUUACUUGUAUGGGUCAAAUGUCAAAAUUCUAUCUCUAGUAAGCAAAAUAAUGGAUAUAUAGGAUAUCGGAAGCAGCCGCAACACGUCUUCCCUGUAUAAUUUGAGUUACAUGUAUGAUACAGAAAUGUACAAUUUGAUUUAAUUGUUGUAACAUUGUAAAUACUGAUGUCUUCUUAAACGCUGUCGUCCGCUGAAAGAAAGCUAGAUAAUGUGUGAUCUUUUAAAGUUAAGACGUUAAUCUUAGUAUUAUUCUAUGACAUACGUAAUUAACUGAUAGAGCUUAUUUUAAUCUGUGCACUGCAAGUACGUGCUAUUAUUUUUAUACAGGGAAUUAUAAAACGAGCGAUUAAAAAAAAGCUUUGCGACUGAUGAUGACAUACUGCAUUAAUUACUUGAGCGGUAUGAAUUUGAGUAAGCGAAAAAUUAACUGAACUAACAACGAAUAUUGAUUAAUAAUAAUAUCCAGAACGAGCUUACAAAAAGUGGAUUGUGAUAAAUCCAUUUCAUAUAUUAAAAUUUUAUCCGAGCGACUACAUUACUAAGUCAGCGACUGGAAAUACAGAGCGGGAGAGGGCAACUUCAAUAUUAAGAUAGAAUCGAUUUUUCUAAGUGAGGUUAUACAUAACGUACUACCAAAACGUUCACUUUGAGCAAAUUUUUGUAAGCUGCUUUAUUAAUGAUUUAUUGGUUCCUGAUAUUCUAUUUGAGGGCUUAUGUUUUUAUUUUGAUACGUUUUUUAAUGUUUUCAUACAUUUGUAGUUUUCUACAGAUUGUUAAAUGCGCGCGAAUUCAAAUGGGGGCGGGGCGACGAAUCGUUGCUGAACACCAAGUUGGGCUGCGCACCAAUAGCGGGUUUACCAUUGCCAUGCGCUCGCUCCACUGGUUAGCACGUACGUAAUAUUCGAACGUGCUGCGCAAUGAAUUUGUUUUAAAAUCUUUAACUGCUAUAUGGUUACAAUCAUGAAUAAUUCAACCUUACCAGGGACAUGUGGUGAUAAUAUGAUUGAAGUUUCAGGGUACCAAAGUGAAUCUGAGAGUGAAACAGAAAUAACAGUGACUAAAAAGCCGAAGAAGACCAAAGAUUGGACAUUUUUAAAACAAUUUUCUAGUAAAGAAGAUGCUUUAAACUUCGUGAAUUCUGAAUGUACUUGGUCGCGGAAUUACACACGUGCCACUGAAGAUGGUCAAAAAAGGUUCUAUCGCUGCAAUAAAGUCAAAAAGAGAGGGCCGCAAUGCGACGCGGAGCUUUAUUUGUUAUUUGUUAAUGAUGACGAUAAGGUAAAAGUGUAUCAAACUAACUCAGAACAUAACCAUAGUGCUAUCGGCACCCGAGAUACUUACGGCAUUCACGAGAAUACAAAAGAGGAAAUUAAGAAAUUUUUUAAUUUACGCUUGAAACCCAGAGCAAUUUUAUCAGAACUUGCUAAAAUAGAAGGAAUACAUUUACCAUCAAAAACGCAAAUCUACAAUUAUUUGUCGAAUCUCAGAGCACAAAAAUUCGGAAAAUCGGGUAUUUGUCUGGGCGAAUUGGAGCAGUGGAUAUUUAAACGUACUGCUAUUCCAGAAGAUGACAACGAGGUCUUCAUCAUUAGUUACCACAUCAUUGAAGGAGAUCAGCCAGGUUUCCGAUUCAAUCUAUCUACAAAAACAUUAUUGAAAACAAUUUUAUUCACGGAACUCAUACACACUGACGCCACGUACAAAUUGAUAUGGCAGGGAUUUCCGGUGCUGAUUGUUGGCACUACGGAUAAAAAUCGCGAGUUUCAUCCUAUUUGCUUGGGAGUAGCUACAAAUGAGCACCAAGAAGUUUUUCAGACAAUGUUUCAAGGAAUAAAGGACAAAGUUGUGCAAUUAUAUAAUUACACAAUGAAACCCAGAGUUCUGAUCUGCGACGCAGCUCAAAGUAUAAAAAAUGCAUUUUCAGAUGUUUUUGGUGAAGAACCGACUAUUCGUAUGUGCUGGGCACAAGCUAAAAUAAGUAUACAAAAGAAGGUAGAACAAAUUGUGCCAAAAAAGGAGCAAAAAAGCGUUUUGAUUGAUGUAGAAGCUUUACAUAACGCAGCUUCACUCGACGUCUUUAAUGCCGCUUCGCAAGCGUUCCUUGAGAAAUGGAAAACACAAACCACCUUUGUAAAGUACAUGGAAGAGGAAUGGUUCAGAAAGAAUCGCAAUUGGUUCUUAGGUGCUGCACCUAUGUCGCCUUCGACAAAUAAUGCCCUCGAGUCAUUUAAUAGAAACAUAAAAGACCAUAAUACAUUGCGAGAACAAUUUCCUCUGUCGCGAUUUCUGUCUGUUGCUACCGAUAUGGUAGCCCAGUGGUCAUUAGCAAACUCUUCGUUACCUGAGGCACCUACUAUUGAGCUUCGACAAUGGACGGAAGCUUACGUCUGGGCGAAGAAAAGCAUAAAUAUAGAGAUAGUGGCAUCUGAUCCUACCAAAACAGUAUAUUUGAUUUGCAACGAAAAUGCGACAGAUUUAAACUACAAUGAUCGCUGGCAGACUUUUGACGAGUAUAAAAAGCUGUCAGUUGCUUUUCAGAAAACCACACUGCCAAAUUUGGACUGGCAAAAAGGAUCGUGCGACUGUCCCGAAUUUUUCGAUAGAUAUGUAUGCAAACACGUUUUGGGUCUUGCAAUUCGGCUCAAACUAACAACACCACCACUGGAAGCAAAAGGGAUACCCAUUGGACAAAAAAGAAAACGAGGCCGGCCAGCUAAGUCCAAGCCAGCACUUAUUUACCAGUGACGAUAGAGUGGUAGAGCUCCUCAUACUAUCAAUGUUCCUUAGGAUUAAUAACAAGUUUUUAUUUUUGUUAGUUGACUGAAGCGUCUUAUUUUAUUUUUGUUCAUUUGAUGUAAGUAACUGCAUAAUACUUUAAUUUUAA